UUUCUGCCUCCAGGCCCUUGGACACAGCCCUGGGUACCCCCAGGGCACCUGCACAGACCCUACCCCUGAGGGUGGGUGAUCCAGGGGUGGAAAGAGGGCUGCAGAGAGGGGGCCCCGGCAGUGAGCCCGCCCUGAGAAGGAGAGAGCAGACCCCUGCCCUGGGGGAGGCAGUCAGGCGCAGAGUUCCCUCCAGCUGGAAGGGGCAGGUGGGUGCGUGAGGGGUAGGCAGGUGUGAGACUGGUGGGUGUGGGCCGGCCAGGACGGGGCAGGUCCUGCUUGAAUGCCAGUGUCUGGCUGGCUGCCCACUCCGGCUCCUCCCAUCAGCAUCUAUCCCAGCUAUAAGGCCUCUGGAGAGGAGGGGCCCCCACUGCUCCCGGAGACGCCCCGAGAUGAAGACUGUCCUGCUGCUUCUUGUCAUACUGGCUGUGGCUGCUGGGCCAGCCCGGGCUCUCCGCUGUCACGUAUGCUCCAGCGCCAGCAACUGUAAGACUCCUCAGGUCUGUUCUGCCAGCUCACGCUUCUGCAGGACCAUGAUCAAAGUGGAGUCCCUGUCAGGAAACCUGGUGGAGAAGGAAUGCGUGGACUCGUGCACACCUAGGUACAGACCCGACCAGGUCAGCAGUGGCACAGCGGUCACCCUGUGCUGCCAGGGCGACCUGUGCAAUGACAGUCUGAGCAGCAGCGCCCCCACCCGCUCCCUGCUCACCAGCACCUCCCUGGGCCUCACGCUGGCCCUGGGCCUCCUCACCUUCACCUUGGCCCCCAGCCUGUGACCCCCCGCCUCCCAGGGCAAGUCCCCCAUUCCUUUCCUGGGGACUCCCAUGUACCCAUCGCUUCGUCUUCCUGCCCUGGGGACUUCCAUGGCCCUUCCCUAGCCGCAGCGGGGGUUCAGAGGCCCUGGGCUGGCGGCUUCCUCAAAAGGUCUGGGGCCGGGUCUUGUGGGCACAGAGAACCAUCCCUUCCCGAAGAUGAGAGGACACAGCUCCCUGAGCCGGGCACAGAGGCAUUCUGACCCCUUCUGACUUCAUAUUCAUUCUGUUUGGUUUCUGUUUAUUUUUCUACUCGAAACUCCACAAAGGAAUAAAAUGAUUGAAAACCAGUGUGGUUGUGUCUGUGUUCUUCCAGGAGUGGAGGGGGCAGGGCAGAGGUCAUCCGGCCACAUAGGACCCCAAGUCCCAGGGCUUGUCACCUGGGGCCAGUCGUGGCAGCAUGUGUGAUGCCUGAAAUGCCACCAUCACUCCUUACCUUUGGAGGGGACAUGACCCUCCCCCGGUACCUCCUCUGGCGCUCCUGCAGGAGCACAGCGCAGAGGCCUCCCACCCUGGGAAGGCCAGGCCCCUCCAUAAGGAGCAGCAGGGAGGAGAGGCUGCCUUCUUCCCCAGCACGUCCUCCAGGCCUUGGUCCUAGAGCCUCCAGGGAGGCUGGCUUGGGACCCUCCAGGCUCAGCUGAGCCUUGGAGCUGUGCAGAACUGACUGCCCAGCCAUCAUGGGUCAGUCACUGCAGGUGAGCCCGGCAGCCCCCUUGGCCACCCUCACCCAGGUGGAAAGGUGUGUGUGUGUGUGUGUGUGUGUGUGUGUGUGUGUGUGACCAUUUGGGCUGGGUGCCAAGGAGGAGCACAGCCUCGGAGGGCCCGGUUCUGGGCUCGCUGCCUGGCUCUGAGCAAUUGGAAUCAUUGUACCUCUGUGAGCACCGAGCAUCCAGCAGAUGGACAGGCAAGCAGACUUUCCCCCUCCCAGGAGGGCCAGAGGAUUCAGGGGGACUGGCCCCACUUCCUGGGCAGCCACCACACUCUCAGGCCUCACGUGGGUAGCACAAAGCCCUGGCUCCCCCCAGGGCUGGCACCCUUGCAGGCCUGGCCUGAGAAACCCCUGCGUUGCCCUCCACCCCAGCAGACAGUGCAGGGGUGGCAGCUGGUGAGGGGGAGUCUGUCUCAUUUCCUGACCCUGGGCCAAGCACUCACCUCUUAAUUCCCAUACUUGGUGAGAUGAGUCACUCUUCCCAGUCCCUGGCGGGGGAGGGGGGGGGACGACACUGGGGCUCUGGGGGUUUGUGGUGGAGCCCUGAUGGCCAGGCCAUCACCAGUCCAUCUGCCUCUCCUGGACCGG